AGUGAGUACAGCGAGUACAGUGGAGUGCAGUGGAGUGCAGACAGACCAAGGGACGAACGACGACCAAGUUGGAGGUUGAGAAUUUCCAGCGAGAAAGGCACCUCGAACUUGUGUAUGCGUUCAACAUGAAAAGGCGUUCUGGAGGCGUGGCCGGGCCCUUGGAGGCCGGUCGACUCAGGCGACCCGUCAAGCGCUCGCCCAAGAUGGCCGAGAGCUUCUUUGGCAGUUCGCUGAUAUAUGUCAAGUUACUGUUCUUGUGGAUGUUGGUCCUCUUGGCAGAUUACUUCCUCGAGUUCCGAUUCGAAUAUCUGUGGCCAUUCUGGCUUUUCAUGCGGAGCGUCUACGAUUCCUUCAAAUAUCAAGGCCUGGCUUUCUCCGUGUUCUUCAUCUGCAUUGCCGUCACAUCGGAUCUCAUCUGUUUUCUGUUCAUCCCAUUUCAUUGGUUGUUCUUUGCCGCCAGCACCUAUGUUUGGGUUCAGUAUGUGUGGCAUACGGAAAAGGGCGUGUGUCUGCCCACCAUUGUGCUGUGGAUCCUUUUUGUCUAUGUGGAGGCCUCGAUACGCUUGAAAGAGUUUCGAGCCCAUGUGGACUUAAAGCACUUGCCGCUUCAUUUAGAUCUCUGUCGGCCUUUUGCGGCUCAUUGUAUCGGAUAUCCGGUGGUCACUUUAGGCUUCGGCUUUAAAAGUAGCAUGGGAUAUCGCAUGCGAGUCAUAAGGCAGAGAGAGGUCCAAAGAGAAAACGAGUGCUUUUUCCAAGUCCUCCGGGAGGCGUUACCGCCCGGUCCAGUCAGAGAUGAGGCGUUCUAUGCCAUACCUCCUCAAAAAGUACCCUGUGGUGAUGAAUGUCCCGAUGGAGCCGUGACGUUGGGAACGCCUGUCAGUGGGACGUCGGUGACGAGCGCUCAGGGGCUGCUCGGGUACACCAACCAUGACAAAAAAGUGAACGGUCAUCCGAUCUGUAAUGGGGCGGAUGCCUCCUCCUCCUCAUCAACGUCCUCCUCCUCAUCCAAUCGAAUCUCGGGGAAAUGGCCCAAUGGAACGCCUGUCCCUGAGCACGAGCUUCACCAAGACAAAUCACCGGGUGAUGACGACCAUCGGAAGUCCAACAACAGCAAAUCCUCAACUUCGAAUUCGUCGUCUGCCAAGGAAGGACUGAAGAAAGGCAAAGAAAACAAACCUGCUCCCACCAAGGAGGAGAUCAUGGCCAAGAUGGAGCAAGAUCUGAAGAGGGUUAAGAUCGAGUUACAGCUCUCCCGUAACAAGGAGAACGAUUUGCGUGAUCAAAUCAUUUCGUACAUGAGUAGUGAACGUCACCUCAAGUCUGAGAUAUCUAACCUCCAAGUGGAAAAAUCUGUGCUCGAGUCUCGAAUUGCCAGUCUGGUGUCCACCCGAGCCAGUGAGAAGGCUGCCCUUUCCAGUUUGGAGAAGAAGUUGGCCGAUGAAAGGAAGCAGAAGACGGAUUUCCAAAUCAAGCUGGAAACCGAAAGGAAGACCAAGAAGGAGGCCGCCAACGCCGAACGGACCGCUCACCAACACCAAACCCGCAGCGAGGUGGCCAAGCUGGAAAGCGAGAUUGCCACGCUCAGGAACGAGUUGCAAGCGGCUCGCGAGCGUUGCCACGGGGCUGAACAGGACUUGUACGUGCUCCGGAAGUUCAAGGAGACGCACGGCGAGCCUGAGGUUUUGGUUAAUACGGUCAAGACCUUGGCGGAGAAGAACAAGCAGACGCAAAAGAACUUGUCAGCCGAAACGAAGAUGAAGAUGGACUUGCUCUCCGCUUUUGGAGAAGCCAAGCGGGAGAUCAGUAUUAAGCAUAACCUUUUGCUGCAAAGGGAGAAGGAAAUAUCCGACUUGAAAUCCCGAGUAGCGGAGUUUUAUGCCGUGAUGCCUUCCAGUACAGGCUAUGGUGUAAGUUCAGCCGGCUUAAACACUUUUUCCGCUCCGACCACGCUCUCCUUGGACUUGCCCGCUUCCACGGAUCUCUCGUAUCCGACAAGCAACAAGAUGUCCUCUUUGGGCUUGGCAGAUUUGAAAGACAAGUUGACGGGCUCUUCGUCCAAUGGGAUCUACGGUUCCAGGGGCAAUCCGGGCGGAUAUUCGUCAAAUACCAACGGCUCCAACUCCUCCGACCUCUAAAGUGUUUCUAGCGUUGUCUCUUCCCGUCCUUGUGUCCUUAUCCUGGUUUAUCCCGGUCCCCUUAAUCCGUCGUUUUACCCACUAAAGCUACCUUCACUUGUGCACCAUCCAAUCUUGCAUCACAAUUAUAACCAAUCACCAAACCCACCCACCACUCAUUGCCCACCCCUUCCAACCAAUUUGCCUACCUAACCACCCGCCCGUUUCUUCAACCUAAUCCUUGAUUGCCGGGUGCCGGGCCCUUUGAUUUCAAAGGAUUCUUGAUCACUCCUUCAUCCCGCAUUCCUUUUCGAUACAACUCGCCAGAAACACCGCCCGCCAAUUGCCCAAUUGACCCCGUCGCAUCACUCGACAACUCCCGAACGGAAAUCAAUCCAUCUGGAAGGAAACGGGAGCCUGCCUGGCUCCCCAAUCCAUCCGUCACAAGCAAACCUACUAUUACAACUGCUACUUCUAUAAUCUGUUGGUAAACUACUAAUUGUUCUUUAUGAAUUGUUGUUUUGUGUCAACCCCCGUUUCUCCUGUGAACGAGAAAAUACAGAAAAAAGAAGCUA